AUGCGCCCGAGCGACGGGGCGGCUCCGCCACUGCGGCCCUGCGCCCCGCCCCGCACAGCCCGCUCCACUCGGUACAUCACCGUGCACACAACAGAAGCCAUGAAUUCCAGAAAAUUCCCCUCAGAAGCACGGAGAGCUUUCCCUGCUGCCAAGUGCCCCAGCCAGCAGCCAUCCCACGUGCUGGUGGUGGAUGCCACCUGCCCGGGCUGGGCCAGCACCUGCUCCGUGCUCUCCGAGGCUCUGGAGAACGUCCUGUGCCUGGCCUGCGGCCUGGCAGGGCCCUGCAGGAUGCCCCUGCUCAGCCUCUACGUGGUGCAGCCCCAGCAGGAGUGCCUGCUGCCCUUCACGAUCUCCUGGAGGGAGGAUUGGCCGUGGAACAGAUACAGAAAACUGCCCAAUGAACAGAAGAUAACAGAUGGUGACCCCAUCCUUUCCUGCCCCCUGAACCCUGUUUUGCAGCAAGUGAAAGAAAACUUUGCCCGAGUUCAAGCCUGCAUUUCAGAGCUCCGCUCGCUGCCAGCUGAAGGCUGCUUCCCCCAGGGGGUGAAUGGAGUGCUGCAGGCUGUGCAGGAUGGAUUGCAGCAGUUCAAGCAGUACAGCAGGCACACAGCAGCAGGAGGCUCCACAAAUAGUUCUGUUGAGAUCACAAUUCUGACCAGCCAGCCCAGCAGAGACAUGGUAAAGCAGCUGGAAAAGAAGUUACAAGACAUAGACCUGGUGAGCCUGAGAAGAAUACAGGUCAUUGAGGUGGUGAAGAGAGAUUUCCUGCAGCCUGAGGAUGUGGAGCAGUGUGUGCCAGCAGAGGAGCCCAGCAGUGAUAUGGCAAUCCUGGGAAUGGACAUCGAGGUGCAAACUGUAGAGGACAAUGUCAUCAGCCUGGAGAUGCUGUUCAAAACCUGGCUCCAUGACCAUGGCACAGAGAGGGAACAGCUCCAUCUCCUCCUUCCCUCAGGAGGUUUUGGCCACUCUGCUGCACCCAAGAACACCUUAAUGUGCCUGAAGUGUGAUUUGCAGGAGAGGCUGCUGGACCCAGCCCUGCUUUUGGGGACAUCUGAUGGCCCUGGGAGAGCAGCAGAUGCCAGCUCUCCCUGGCAUGUGACAGCCUGGCCCUCCCCAGCUCUGCACAAACUCCGGGUGCUCAAGGCUCUGAAGUCUGAAGGGGUCUGUGAGUCUGUGCUCUAUGGGCUGCCCUUCAUCAUCAAACCCACAAGCUGCUGGCAGCUGGACUGGGAUGAACUGGAGACAAACCAGCACAGCUUCCAUGCUUUGUGUCACAGCCUGCUGAAAAGGAAGUGGAUGCUCCUGGCCAGGCAGGAACCCCAGAACGUGGGACCAAACUGGAACGUGGUGGUGCACCCCUAUUAUGUCAUUGUCCCCUCUGACUCUGCCACUCUCCUGGUGAAAGCAGUGGCCAUCAGAGAGCUCCUGCUGCCUUCAGCCUUCCCAGCCCUCCUGGCUGAGCACCCCGAGCGAGUCAGGGGCCCCAUCGAGAGUGCCCUGAACAACUUGGAAGUGGAAGUUGCUUACAACCCCUUGCACCUGAAGAGCAACCUGUACAAACACCUGAAGAGCUCCUUGUACAAACCUCCCCACCGGCAGCAGCCCCAGCCCCGGGAGCAGCGCCCGGAGCGCCACCAGCCCAGGCAGCCUCAGAGCAGAGCCAAAGCUGCAGUGGCUCCCCUGCUGAUGGCUCCUUCUCCACUUCAGACAUCCAGACCAGCAGCAGCAGCAGCCAGGAGAGGCUCCUGUGAGGGCUCCCUGCUGCCCAAGGAGUAUGAGGAGUUCCUGCAGUGAGCACAGCCACAGCUCCUGGCUCAGCUGCUGGCCGGAUGUGGUCAGGCAAGACACCGAGCUUGGCCUUGGGCAGGCAGGCACUUCCCAUCGUUUGUUCCUCCUUGUUGUUGUUUCACGUUGUGUUCGUCACCCAGCCAGUUCUGCAGGAAGUUUGCUGCUCAGGGACCCUCUGUCCAGAGUUCCAGCUGUCCCCUGCAGCAGCAGCAGCAGCAGCACCACGUAUUUCCUGUUCUUGCCAGCACACAUCACCAGCCUGCCUCCAAUUUGGGUUUGUGAGACUGGGCCAGCACAGGCCACAAAUCACAGACUGCUGUCAGUGGGAGCAGAGGAGCUGCAGGCAGGGCAGGGAGGAAAUCAGACAAGGCAGGCAGUUGUGCUGAGCUGCCCUCAUCCCACAGCAGCAGGUUCAGUGGGGUGGUUAAACAGGAAUGAAACAGGGCUUGGAUUUAAUCUUAAAGCCUGGAGUUCUGCUCUCCAGAUGAUUUGGUUGCUUUCAAGGCUGGCCUUGCUGUCCAACCCCCCAGCUCAUAAAGGGGGUUGGAGCAAAUGCCAAGCCAGAGCAAUUCCAGAGAAUUCCUGCCCAGAUGCCAGCCUGUUUUUCAGUGCAGGGUAGGUGUGAGCCAGGGGCAGCUUGACCAAGCCAAGCACCAGCAGAGUUUGUGUUCUACUUACCUGGUUCUGAAAAGCUGUUCCAAAAUAAAGUUCUCCUCCAUGGACCCCACUCUCUGCCUGUGGUUUCUGACAUGCCCAGCACUGCUCUCCCACCACUGACCUGUGCUUCCUGUGAAACAGCUGCAGGAGAGCAAGGGCAUGGGGCAAGCACCACAAUCCCAUCUCUUCUCCCUGGGAUCCCAGCUCUGACAGGCCCAGGGCUGGCUCUUCCCAUGCCCUGGCAUCUCAUGCUGGGGUAAGACAUCGAGGGCAGGUACCAUGGAAG